AAAAGCACAAGGCUAGACCUUGAUUGUAAACGAUCAGAGGCUGGAACUUUUCUGUAGCAACCUCACAUGCCAUUUUACAUCCUUUGCAGCAUCUGAGAAAAGCCAGCUGAGGUUACAUUUUGUAAAUUGAAAUGAGCAAAUGAGUUACUUUCAAAAAUGGUUUUGCUCCAUGUGAAGAAUGGUGAUGAGAGCCAGUUUUUGCUGGAGACAACAGGCAGCAUUUCCAUUGAAGAUUUAACACAGGAAGUCACCAAGAUCUACAAUGGAAGGCUCAAAGUUCAUCGUGUUUGUGCAGAAAUAGAAACACUGGCAGAACAUGGUAUUUUCUUACCUCUUAACAUGCAAGGUCUGACAGAUGAGCAAAUAGAAGAGCUGAAGCUGAAGGAUGAAUGGGCAGAAAAAUGUAUUCCAAGUGGUGGAAGCGUCUUUAAAAAAGAUGAAAUUGGACGAAGAAAUGGUCAAGCUCCAAAUGAAAAAAUGAAACAGGUUUUAAAAGCAACAGUAGAAGAAGCCAAGGCACUAAUAUCUAAGAAACAAGUGCAAGCCAAUGUGUGUGUUAAUAAGGAUAUGGUGAAAGAUGCACUGGACCAGCUCCGAGGAGCUGUAAUGAUUGUUUACCCAAUGGGACUCCCUCCAUAUGACCCAAUUAGAAUGGAGUUUGAAGAUAAAGAAGAUCUGUCAGGAACUCAUGCUGCACUUGAGGUUAUUGAGGAACCAGAGGCACAACUGUGGUGGGCAGCAAAAGAACUGAAGAGAACAAAGCAGCUUUCUGACUAUGUGGGCAAAAAUGAGAAAACCAAAAUUAUUGUGAAGAUACAGAAAAAAGGACAAGGAGCUCCAGCCCGUGAGCCUGUCAUAAGUGGUGAAGAACACAAACAGAUGAUCCUUUUUUAUCACAGAAGGCAAGAGGAACUCAAGAAACUGGAAGAAAAUGAUGAUGAUUCAUUUUUAGAUUCUGAAUGGGCUGACAGUCAUGCCUUGAAAAGACAUUUUCAUGGUGUAAAGGAUAUUAAGUGGAGACCCAAAUGAAGCUAUGUAUGCAGUUUUUCCCCCUUUUUACAAGAUAAAUUAAUCCACUGAGGUUUACAAAUAACAUGGAUGAUAAAAUGUGCACUAUAAUUAUUGUGAAAUAUUAGCUUCUAGUUUUGUAGAAGUGAUCUAUUGUUAUGAUUGAUUGCAAAAUAUAUUCAGCCUCUUUGGCACACUUGCCUUUUUAGAAAUAAAAAACUAAAGCUUAUUUUGUGAAUCCACUACAAUAGACUUACAAAUUGGAUGUUUAUAUUUUUAACUAGUUCACCAGUGUGGCUGUCAUAUUAUUAAACUGGUUGUCAUCAUUCUA